ACACCUGUCAACGAAAAACCAGAUGCAGUUGAAAAACAACAACUUUCGAUUUCAGCUGAAGCUAAACGCGGUCGCGUAUUAAACUAGCUUGUCGUUUUUAAAAAACAUCGAGUCUAAAUCAAAAUUGUUCUCUCAGUAGAUAAUGUUAUCGCCAGAAGACUCCAUCGAAGAAUGCAAAGAGGCAUUUUACCUUUACGAUCGAAGAGGAGACAAGAAAGUUGAAUGCAGGCAGAUCGGAGAGGUUAUGCGAGCGCUCGGAACGAAUCCGACUGAAGGCGAAAUUGCAAAAAUUAUUAAAAGUCUUGAUCCCGCUGGAACUGGAGUCAAGCGAGUUACCUUCGAAGAAUUCUUUCCAAUAUAUCAAAAUCUGCGAGAUAGACAGAAGAAAAGUGGAGUUGAUCCUGAAUAUUUUAUUGAAUGCCUUCGCGUCUUUGACCGCAACUGCAAUGGGUUGGUGAACGCGGCCGAGUUACGUCACGUGCUGUGUAGCCUAGGUGACAAGUUGACAGCUGAGGAAGUUGAUCAGCUUUUGGUUGGGUUCGAGGACAACCAAGGCCAAGUACUGUACGAGGAAUUUGUAAAACACAUCAUGUCAGGAUAGUUACACGAAAAAAUUGCGAUUCUUUGUUACUGGAAGAAGAUGUCACUUUAGAGUUUGGACGUGUUGAAAGUUUUAAGUUUCACUGAGUUAGGAAACUUCUUUUCGACGAUGCGAACUGAACAGGGAGCCGAUGGUGAUCGCGUUUUGUAAUGGCCUUCUGUUUAUUUCGGGUUUUGCCCUUAUAAUUGAUGGAAUAAAUGUUGAUGUUUUUUUUAGCGUCA